AGCAUUUUCAAAUUUUAACUAAUCCCAACGGUAACGUUUCUGUCACAGAACAAUCUCAACCGUCCAAUCACCGAAUCAUCUCAACAUUUAACCCAUCUAACCCAAAUCAAACAUUCACUUCCAUUUCUUAGAGAAACUGAAAAAGUUCAAAUUUUGAAUUAUGGGUUGUGAUUAAAUGUUAUUUUUAAGAGCUUUUUAAGUUCCGAUUCUCAAUUAUGAUAUAGAAGAAGUUACUGAUUCUCAUAAAUUAAAGAUUACGAUUUCAAUGUAAAUUCCAGCUGUAUCUUUUGAUUGAUGAGUUUGGAAGCAUUUGCAUUUCAAAAAGUGAAUGUUAUAAGCUGAGUUUUCAAAGCAAAGUUUUUCAAAGUUUGGUGAAGUGCUCUCUCUAUAGACUAUUGUGUAUCUUUGGUUCUGUGAUUCUGUGACUGUGAUUGAGUUUAAAGUUUCAAGAUUAAGCUAUAUAAGCUUGUUUUGUUAGUUACUCAUUCUUAAAAGGGAAGACAAAUUGGUAAUAGCAUUUGAUAGGAUCAAUUCUUUGAAUAUUCAGCAAGUCAAAGUUUGUUUGAGCUUUGUUGAUUACCAUGGUGGAAGAAGGUAGAGUUGCUAUUACAGUUGACACAUGUUCAACAGAAGAAUGGUUGUUGAACUCACAAGAACUUGUUCCUCUUGCUCUUACAAAAGCAAAAGAGGUAAAAGGGUUUCUUGUUAGAUGGAAAAUGAUCAUUUCAAAAUUGGAACAAGUUCCAUCAAAGUUAUCCGAUUUAUCGAGCCACCCUUGUUUUUCAAAGAAUGCUCUUUGCAAAGAACAAUUGCAAGCGGUAUCAAAGACACUAAGAGAAGCUAUUGAAUUAGCUGAGUUAUGUUUGAAGGAAAAGUAUGAAGGUAAACUAAGAAUGCAAAGUGAUCUUGAUGCAUUAAUUGGAAAGCUUGAUUUGAAUUUAAAGGAUUGUAGUUUGUUAACGAAAACCGGUGUACUUGGUGAAGCUACUUUGCAAUUCAAUGUUUCUGGUUUUUUAGCAGAAGAAGAUAUUGAAACACAUGGCAAUAUAAAGGAACUACUUGCACGUCUUCAAAUCGGUCAUUUGGAAUCGAAACACAAAGCUUUGGAUAGAUUACAUGAUAUUAUGAGAGAAGAUGAGAAGAAUGUUUUGGCUGUUUUUUGUAGGAGCAAUGUUGCUGCUUUGGUUCAAUUGCUUACAGCAACAUCAACAAGGAUUAGGGAGAAAACAGUUAGUAUCAUAUGUUCUCUUGUUGAAUCAGGUGGUAGCUUCGAAAACUGGUUAGUUUCUGAAGGUGUUUUGCCACCUCUUAUAAGACUAGUCGAAUCAGGUAGUACUUUUGGUAAAGAAAAGGCUAUUGUUUCUCUUCAGAGGCUGACGAUGUCGGAGGAAACAACUCGUGCUAUUGUUGGACAUGGAGGGGUUCCUCCGUUAAUCGAGCUUUGUCAGUUUGGUGAUUCUGUUUCACAAUCUGCAGCAGCUUGUACUUUGAAGAAUAUCUCGGCUGUUCCGGAAGUGAGAAAUGUUUUGGCUGAAGAAGGUGUUGUUAAGGUUAUGAUCAAUCUACUCAGCAAUGGAAUUUUGUUAGGUACUAAAGAGUAUGCUGCUGAAUGUUUGCAGAAUCUCACUGCAAGCAAUGAGAGUCUAAGAAAAUCGGUUAUAUCAGAAGGCGGUGUGCAGAGUCUUUUAUCUUAUCUUGAUGGUCCACUUCCUCAAGAAUCUGCAGUUGGUGCAUUGAGGAAUCUCGUCGGAUCGGUUCCCGAGGAAACAUUGGUUUCUGUCGGAAUACUUCCUUGCUUAGUUCAUGUGUUGAAGUCAGGAUCGUUAGGUGCGAAACAAGGCGCAGUGUCGGUUAUAUGCAAAAUUUGCAGCACAAUUGAGAUGAAGAAAAUGUUAGGUGAAGUUGGUUGCAUACCUCUAUUGAUCAACAUGCUUGAGGCUAAAGCAAAUACUGCUAAAGAACUUGCAGCACAAGCAAUUGCAAGCUUGAUGAUUUUGUCUGAGAAUCGAAGAGAAGUUAAGAAAGACGAUAAAAGUGUGCCGAAUUUGGUUCAAUUGCUUGAUCCAAGUCAACAAAAUACUGCAAAGAAAUAUGCAGUUUGUUGUCUUGCAUCACUUUCUUCAUCUAAGAAAUCCAAGAAGUUGAUGAUUUCAUAUGGAGCAAUAGGGUAUUUGAAAAAGCUUAUUGAGAUGGAGAUUCCAGGUGCUAAAAAGUUGCUUGAGAGAUUGGAAAGAGGGAAACUCAGAAGCUUGUUUAGCAGAAAAUAGAUUAUGAUGCUUUUAUUUUUAUUGUAUUGUUAUUAUGAUGCUUUUUCUUUUAUCACUUUUGUUCUUAUCAAUGUUAUUGUUUCAUUGUCUGAAUGAAACAAGUAGUUUAGAAUGUAAAACUGUGGAAUUCAAAAGAUUUGGUAAUUUGUGUAAUCAAUGUUUAGAUUAUAUAUUUAAUCCAUCUUGUUACCUGUGUAA